AUGGCGGCAGGCUCGACUACGCUGCACGCAGUGGAGAAGCUGCAGGUGCGUCUGGCAACUAAGACGGACCCGAAGAAGCUAGGGAAAUAUCUGCAGAAACUCUCCGCCUUGCCCGUGACGGCAGACAUCCUGGCGGAGACUCGAAUCCGAAAGACCGUGAAGGGCCUGCGGAAGCACCAGCACGUGGGCCCCAUUGCCAGAGACUUAGCGGCCCGGUGGAAGAAGCUGCUUCUCGUGGACCCAAACUCCAGGCCCGGGCCCGACCCACAGGACCGGGAGGAGAGCUCUUCCCGAGAGCGCUUCGGGGAGGCCCUUCGGGACCAAGAAAAGGCCUGGGGCUUCCCGGAAAACGGGACGGCCCCCAGGAGUCGAUCUCACAGCCCUGAGCACAGACGGACAGCACGCACAGCACCUACGGGGCUCCGGAGACCUGAGCGAAGCUCCCCCAGCCGCCAGGACGGAGCCCAGAGAAAGCGCCCCAGAAAUGCCUCCGCGGAUUCCCGCCCCAAUCGGGCCCCUCAGUCAGGGCGCCCCGGACCUCUCCCGGUGAGCGAGGGCCUGGAGCCCGGGCAGCAAACCGGAAGAGGCCACGCUGACACCGCUCAGGGCCUGCCCCCGCUCGCUGGAGGCUGCCAGGGCCAACCCCAGGACGAAGCGGUCGGGGGCCGCAGAAAGAAGCGCAAAUCCUCCCGCCGGGAAGAACGCCCUUCCCGGGCUUCGCCUCCGAAAUUGCCUCCUGUCAAGGAAAGCCACUCCCCGAGGCCACAGGCGGCCGGUGCCGAUUCCUCCGGGCGGAAAACCGUGCUCAGCCACGGCUUCUCAGAGCUGUGGGACCUCUCAGAGCCCUGGAUGCAGGCCAACUACGAUCUGCUCUCCGCCUAUGAGUCCGUGACCGCCCAGACACAGACAGAACCGGCACUCUCCGCACCGACGUUCCCGGAGGAAACCGGUUCCCCGGGACGCAGAAAGAACGCCAAGAUGCAGGUGUACUCCGGCUCCAGGCCUGCCCGCCAGCCCCGGUGGCUGACCUUGCGCCAGCAGUGCGUCCGGGCGCUUAGAGACAACCCCGACGUCCUGGGCCGAGCGGGACGCGUCCCCUCUUGGGUUUUUGAACUCGUCCUGGAGGGGUGUACGCCUGACCAGCUGUAUCGCAGAGAGAAAAACAAUCACGCGCUCAUGGGAGAGACAGACGGAUUAUGGAGGAUUCACUGCCUCCGGGACUUCAAGGGAGAAAACCCGCAGGAGCACGAGUCUUGGCGGGAGCUGUACCUGCGUCUUCGGCACGCCCGAGAGCAGCGGCUGCGUGUAGUGACGACCAAGAUCCGGGCUGCACGUGACAACGAGCCCAACGGCCGACAGACGAAGAUGAUCUCUUUCAACUCGGUGGCCGAGCCGCCUAACGGUGCUCCGAGGAGGCAAGAGAAGUCUGCAGGAGCUGCCGACCCCGAAAAUGGCAACAUCAACCCAGAUCCGCAUCCCACGGAAAGCAGCCACCCGCCCUCUAGAGAGGGCGGCGGGGCAGGCAGCGGCCUUCCCAGGCGCCCCGAGAAGCGGGCCUACGCCUGCCUGAGCUGGAGCAGCGCGCGGCCGACGCCCGAGGCCAAAAUCCGGAAACAGGCUGCAAAGAAAGUGGCCCCGCUGAUGGCCAAGGCCAUUCGAGACUACAAGAGAGCAAUCUUACGACGAUAA